AGGCAGAACCAGAACAGACCUGAACGAGCCCGAUCACCAUUCCCCGCCCGCCUCCAGCCUCCAGCCUCCUGCGACCCGGAUCGCCUUCCGUUCCUCCAGCCGAGGGAUCCCCAACCCUAGCCCGGCAACCGUCCGCGCGGGAUCAGCGCCGGCAGCGGCGAUGGCGUCGUUCUCGGAGGCACCCCCGGGGAACCCCGCGGCCGGCGAGAAGAUCUUCAAGACCAAGUGCGCCCAGUGCCACACCGUCGACAAGGGCGCCGGCCACAAGCAAGGGCCUAACCUGAAUGGUCUGUUUGGGAGGCAGUCUGGCACGACUGCUGGAUACUCUUACUCUACGGCCAACAAGAGCAUGGCUGUGGUUUGGGAGGAGAAAACACUGUAUGACUACCUGCUUAAUCCGAAGAAGUACAUCCCUGGAACUAAGAUGGUGUUCCCUGGACUGAAGAAGCCCCAGGAGCGUGCUGAUCUCAUCGCAUACCUGAAGAGUGCCACAGCUUGAAAGGGCUUUGCUUUGCAGCCACGGUCCUAAAACAGUUAAUAAAUAUAGACAUUGCCACGGUGUCGCUCUGGUUUGACGGGGUGUGUCGCCGAGACAGUUAAAGAGUUUGGUACUAGCAUUUCUCCUUACAAUGAUUUGUUUUCUUCAGCAAAAUGCGCUGCCAUAAUGGCCGUUUCCCAGGCCUUUUGUGAACCUGUUGUUGUUGUUGUUGACGAUGAUCAGUUGUUUGGGCGGUAGAUCUCAA